AUGUGGCUCACAGAUCAGCAAAAGAUUGGCGCAGGAUUGGUCUCGUUCGGCACAUUCUUCAUCUUUGUCGGCAUCGUCCUGUUCUUCGAUGCCGCCCUCCUUGCCCUCGGCAAUGUGCUUUUCACAGCUGGUAUUGCUUUGUUGAUUGGGCCUCAGAAGACCUUCUACUUCUUCGCAAGGAAACAAAAGAUCCGUGGCACCAUCUGCUUCUUUGCCGGCAUCUUGCUCGUCUUUUGCAAAUGGGCUGUUGUUGGAAUGGCAGUCGAAGCAUUCGGGUUCCUCAAUCUCUUUGGCGACUUCUUCCCAGUGAUUCUUAGCUUUUUGCGGCAGCUUCCUGUCAUCGGCAACGUGCUCUCCCUACCAGGUGUUGGAGCUCUUCUCGACCGUCUUGCAGGAGCUCGUCAAUCAGCCGUCUAG